AUGAAGGCCGCUUUUCUCCUUCUCGUUGGAGCCGCUCUGGCUUCUGCCCAGACCGUCUACCUCAUUCGCCACGGCGAGAAGCCCGAUGAUGAUGAUGAUCCCAACUUGAGCGCACAGGGAGUGCAGCGCGCCCAGUGCCUGAGAAAUGUUUUUGGUGCCAGUUCUCAGUACAACAUUCAGUACAUUAUCGCUGAGAAGCCCAAGGAUGGCGCCCGAAUUCGAGCUCUCAACACUGUCACUCCUUUGGCCAAUGACCUCGAUUUGACAGUUGACACAAGCUGUGGCAAGACCAAGUCCGACUGCGUUGCUGACCUUGUCAAUGACUACAAGGGUUCCGGCAACAUCCUCAUCUGCUGGGAACACAACGAACUUACCAACAUUGUCGAAUCUCUGGGUGUCAAGAAGGGUCCUGACUACCCUGAUGACUCGUUUAACUUGAUCUGGACGGACCCUUCGCCGUACAACAAGAUUACCAGCACCACCUCCGAGAACUGCCCUGGCUUGGAUAACUAG